GUGAGCGCGAGAGUCAUGCUCGCCCCUUGACAACACAACCACGCCUUGGACGACUGAACCUGAUAAACACCUCAGAUAUCGAGCAGAAGGUAUCCUGGACUCUUCUGAAAACAUCAAAGACAUCAGAAAACAUCUCAAGAAGGCACCGCUGAAGACACCCCGCGAGCCCCACCAGAUCAACCUCAAAAAUGUCCAAAGUCGCAAGUCGCCCAGACUGGGCUGACGACGAAGAGCUCGAUGAUACCGCCAACGACGCCCUCCCUCCCCAGACCGUCACCACAAACAAAGAUGGCACUAAGACAAUCAUCAGUUAUAGGUUCAACGAGGAUGGGAAGAAGGUUAAGACGACUCGUCGAAUUCGGUUUACCACACACAAAGAAGUUGUCAAUCCACGCGUUGCCGAGCGGAAGCAAUGGUCAAAGUUUGGUCUCUCAGCAAAGGACGGAGCUGGCCCUGCAUCAGAUACAACGAGCGUAGGAGAGAACAUCAUAUUCAGACCGAGCACGAACUGGCGGAAGGAUGCGAAGGAGGAGAAGACUGAGGCCGGAAGCAUGAAGGACAAGCUCAAGGACAAGAAAGUCAAAUGUCGUAUUUGUAACGGCGAGCAUUUCACUGCGAGAUGUCCGUUCAAGGAUACUAUGGCUCCAGUUGGAGAAGAGGGGUCUGCAGAUGUGGCUGCUGGACCUGCUGAUGUUGUUGAGGGACCCGGCGGCCUCGGAUCAGGAAAAAGCUCCUAUGUUCCGCCACACAUGCGAAACGGUGCUGCAGCAAGUGGGGGAGACAGAAUGGGUGGUGGCAAGUAUGAGCGGAACGACGAGUCUACGCUUCGUGUUACAAAUGUCUCCGAAAUGGCAGAAGAACAGGAGCUCCGAGAUAUGUUUGAGCGGUUCGGCCGUGUCACCAGAGUCUUUCUCGCCAAGGACAGAGAAACUGGUCUUGCAAAGGGCUUUGCGUUCAUUAGUUUUCAGGAAAGAACAGAUGCUGCCAAAGCGUGCGAGAAGAUGGAUGGUUAUGGCUUUAAGCAUCUGAUCUUGAGAGUUGAAUUUGCCAAGAAAGCUGCGUAGAUACCAUCAAACGGGGCAUGUAUUGUAGUACGAAAACCACAAGAGCAAGCUGCUCCGUCACGAAAUAGACUUCGCUGACCUCCUUUCCCGCCGCUCCAACCUGUUGCCUUGACAAUGGAUGUUUUGUUCACAAGCAGCUAAUUUCCCAACUGAAGAGUGUGCCCCCUCAGCAUUGAAAGUCACUUUAAGGGGUUUCUCUGGGUCAUGGAGAGGGCAGGAGCGCUCAGAGGUUGCUAGGGUUCGUCCGAUCUCCCCUAUCCUUCGGCCGGCUGAUUGCGAGGAAAAACGUCG